AUGAAUCGAAAAUUUUUAAAUGUUAUAUUACUUGGAUUUGGUUUUAUGUUCGUCUUUACGGCUUUUCAAACUAUGGGAAACAUUGAGAAAACUGUGCUAGAUAGCAUAUCUCAGGAUGAUCCUUCAUUUACGGGCGAUGGCUACACGUCCCUGGCCAUCAUCUAUGCGACUCUGGCACUGUGCAAUUGGAUGGCACCGUCUAUUAUUACCAUCACGGGACCCAGAGGUGCCAUGGUUAUUGGAGGAACUACUUAUUUGUUCUUCAUAGUCACUUUCCUGUUCCCGCGGACUUGGCUUUUGUACGUGGCUAGCGUGUUGAUCGGAGCAGGCGCUGCGGCGAUAUGGACUGGUCAAGGCAACUACUUGACACUCAACAGCGAUGCCGAUACUAUAUCCAGGAAUUCCGGUGUUUUCUGGGCUAUGUUGCAGUGCAGUAUGUUCUUUGGCAAUUUAUUCGUAUUCAUUAAGUUCCAAGGCAAGACACAUAUUGAUUCUGAAACUCGUAAUGUUGUCUUCGGAGCUCUGACAGGUGUAUGCGUGAUCGGUCUUCUGUUCCUUAUGUUGCUGAGACCAGCUAAACGCAUGCCUACUCUCGAAGAUGCCAAGGGGGAUAUCGUGACCCAUGAAGUGGCAGAGACGCCCUUGGAGGCUUUCAAAGGUGCAUUGAAAUUAUUUUGCACAAGAGAUAUGUUGCUGCUAAGUCUGACGUUCAUUUACACCGGCGUGGAGUUGUCCUUCUUCAGCGGAGUAUAUAGCUCCAGCAUCGGCUUCACACUAGCUAUGGGUGAAAAUGCAAAGCAACUGGUGGGUUUGUCUGGAGUUUUCAUCGGUUUGGGAGAAGUUCUCGGAGGAGCGUUAUUCGGAAUAUUAGGCUCAAAAACAACUAGAUGGGGUCGAGACCCAAUCGUUAUAAUGGGCUACUUUAUCCACCUACUCAGUUUCUUCUUAAUCUUCAUUAAUCUACCCACCGUGGCUCCCUUCGGCGACACAGAAGAAGUCUCAUAUAUCACGCCGUCACCUCCACUGGCUAUGUUCUGCAGUUUCUUACUUGGGUUUGGAGAUGCGUGCUUCAAUACACAGAUUUAUUCGAUAUUGGGUGGCAACUACUCAGAUAACAGCACAUCAGCAUUUGCACUAUUCAAGUUUACUCAGUCGCUAGCGGCGGCGGCGUGCUUCUUCUACUCGUCCAAGGCGCUGCUGUCGGUGCAGCUCAUAGUGCUGGGCGCGCUGGCGUCGCUGGGCACGGCCGCCUUCUGCCGCGUGGAGUGGGCCGCACGUGCCCGCGCGCGCGCUGCCGCGCUCGACCUCGACAAGGGCGAGACCACCACGCACGCGCUCGCCGACAACGCCUUGCACUACGACUGA